AACCAAUCUGUUUUUUAUAUAUAUAUUUACAUUCAUGAACAGAAGAUUUCCAAAGAUAAAGAAAUGAACAAAACCGAAGAAAAAUAUUAAAUUUCAAAUAUCAGCAACUCGUGUUUCUUGAAUUUCAGAUAUAGAAAAUGGUGACUUUUGCUCUUUGAAAUUUCUACUGUGUGCGUUUUUUCCGGAGCUUCCCUUCGUUUUUUUUCUUCCAUCUCUUCUACUCUUGUGUCUGCUAAUUUUCUUUCCCAAGUUUCCGUAAAAAAAAUAUCACAUCUUUCUUCCAUCUGAUUGGAGAUUUGAACAAUGUGUUCGAUAAUCGCAACCGGGUAUCUCUCUAUUUUGUCCCUUCUUCUGUUUCUAAUCUGAAAUUAGUUGCUUUUUUCAAUUAGUUUAUUUAUAUUUUGAACUUGGUUUGUUUGUUUAUUUUUGUAUUUUUCUCUUGGAUUCUUUCAUUAAUGGCCGAUAUAUUUAACAGAACUCGAUAACCAUAAAACUUUAUCGUUUACGGUUGAUACUCGAGAUGGAUGCUACCUGUGCCUUUUGAGAGCAACAAUCAAGUGAAAUCAACGAAUAUCAUCAAGAUUCCAAAAUGGCUCCAGGUGGAGGUGUAUGCAAAGAUGUUAUUGAAUCUCACCCUAAAACUUUAAAGUAUGACGUGGCAACAACAAAAAUGGAUAAAAACAUUACAAGGGUAGCAACUGGAAAACAUGGAAUCCAAUCAACAAAUGGUGUUCAUGAGCUUCUUGAAUGCCCUGUUUGCACUACCUUAAUGUAUCCUCCAAUUCAUCAGUGUCCAAAUGGGCAUACUUUAUGCUCAAACUGCAAAGUUCGAGUGCACAAUUGUUGUCCAACAUGUCGAGUUGAAAUGGGAAACAUACGAUGUUUAGCAUUGGAAAAAGUAGCAGAAUCUUUAGAACUCCCAUGUAGACACCAAACUCUUGGAUGCCAUGACAUCUUCCCUUACUAUAGCAAGCUAAAACACGAACAAAAUUGCCGAUUUCGCCCCUACAAUUGCCCUUACGCUGGAUCCGAAUGCUCAAUCACGGGUGAUAUCCCGUAUCUUGUCACACAUCUUAAGGAUGAUCAUAAUGUGGACAUGCAUGAUGGAUGCACUUUCAACCAUCGAUAUGUCAAAUCCAAUCCACAUGAAGUUGAAAACGCAACAUGGAUGUUAACAGUGUUCAAUUGCUAUGGAAGACAAUUUUGUUUGCACUUUGAGGCAUUCCAGCUAGGAAUGGCUCCGGUGUAUAUAUCGUUUUUAAGGUUCAUGGGGGAGGAUAGUGAAGCGAAGAAGUUUAGUUACUCGUUAGAAGUUGGAGGGUAUGGACGUAAAUUCACAUGGCAAGGAGUUCCGAGGAGCAUACGCGAUAGUCAUAGGAAAGUGCGCGAUAGUCAAGAUGGAUUGGUGAUUCCGAGGAACUUGGCGUUGUUUUUCUCGGGUGGAGAGAGGCAAGAACUCAAACUAAGAGUUAGUGGAAGGAUUUGGAAAGAACAGUGAGAAGAAAACUGAAAAAGUGUGUGUAUAGUUUUGGUGGCUAGAUUGGUUUAUUAUGAGAAAACAAAAACCCUAAUGGGGAUUGGAUUGAGAAUCUUGUGAUCUUUUGUUUUAGUAUUAUGAAUAUGGAACUGUGAAAUGUUGGAAUGAUAUGGUUUAUGUAUGAACCAAAUGAUCAUGUAAUCUUAUAAUUUGUUGCGGGAUUUGAAUGCUUGUUUGAAAAAUGUUUUUUUUUUUUUGUUG